CGGUGCCAGAGGUGGGCUCUUCUUGCAGGAGCAGGUCGUGCAUUGGUCGAGACUUCGGACUGACGGCUGGGAUUGGUCGCGAGGCUCCAAAGGCGCCCUCCGCGCGGAGGCAGGGCGGGCCCGAAGGGCGUGGUCAUCACUCGGUCCCGCCCCAGGCGUUCAGGACUCCGGCGGGAGGGCGGCAGUGUCCAGCUAGGAAUCUCGUUUCGGGGCCGCUGCGUGCGGCUGCUUUCGCCCCCGGCCCGGUCCGGGAGUCCGAAGGGUUUGAGGCGCGGGAGCUGAAGCUUCAGCAGAGCCCUGAUCUAGGAACAUCUCGAUGGCCCUGGGAGAAGAAAAGGCAGAGGCAGCCGCGGACGCGAAGGCCCCGUGCCCUGGGGGGUGGAGCUGCCCAGAGCAGGAGCUGGAUCCUGCAGGACCUGCGCACGGGGAGCAGCUGCCCCACCUGGACGCCGAGGGGGGGGCCGCCUCCGCUGUCGGGGGUGCCCAGGGGCUCCCUGCCUGCCGCGGUGGGGCUGGCCCUGGCCCCUCGGGAGCCUGCCAGCCGCAGGCCAACGGGGCCAGCAGGGAGCCGGCAGCGGGUGGGUCUAAGCCGGCUCUCAGUUCCCUGCUUCCCCCUGCCAGCCUGGGGACUGGAGAUUUGCACUCCGUGAGAAGCCAGAUGGAGGAGACUAGGCUUUCUGCCUCAGAGGAGCUACCUCAGACUUGCACCAUUCCCAGAACCACCACUCUUUGCUCAGGACAUGAUGCCGACACUGACGAUGACCCGUCCCCAGUGGAGUCGCCGCAGGUGCUAGCCCGCAGCCCACAGUCUCACGUCUCGGGGUGCCCGUUCCCGUCAAGGUGGAGGUCCGCCGUGAGCCCAGGUGCCACUGCACCUCAGUCUUCCAGCUGCAGCAUCUCUGCCUCAUCCCCGGGCAGCAGCCUCCAGGAUCACCAGGAGAAGGCGGAGCCUCAGAGUUGCUCCCUUGCCAAGGUCUCCUCCUCCCUGGAGCUGGCUGUGCCGCCGUCGGCCCCCUCGGUGGUGGGGCUGGGGCCUCGGUUCCAGUGGUCGCCCCAGCCAGUGUCCUCAGGGGGCGAUGCUCCCGGGCUGGGCAGGAGGCGCCUCUCCUUCCAGGCCGAGUACUGGGCCUGCGUGCUGCCGGAUUCCCUGCCUCCCUCCCCUGACCGCCACUCCCCGCUCUGGAGCCCGAAUAAAGAGUAUGAAGACCUGCUGGACUAUACUUACCCCCUCAGGCCCGGGCCUCAGCUCCCAAAACACCUUGACAGUCAUGUACUGGCUGAGCCCAUCCUGCAGGACUCAGGCGUAGACCUGGAUAGCUUCUCCGUCUCCCCAGCAAGCACUCUGAAGUCACCCACUAAUGUCUCGCACAGUUGCCCACCAGCAGAGGCCGCUGCCCCGCCGUUCUCAGGGCCCAGAGAGCCGAUCUCUAAGCGGUGGCCCUCUGGAGUACCCCAGAAGCAGGGCAGUGUGGGGUUGGCAUCUUGUAGCCCCAUUGCCUCUACCCCCAGAGCCCCAGGCAGUAGGGACACUCCUUGGGAGAGCAGAGAGCCAGCCCUGAGGGGCAUGAAGCACUGGCCACCUGUGGGCAAGCACCUUGAGCUGGGCUCUCCCCACCUGAGAACACGGGACAGAGGGUGGCCCUCACCCAGACUGGAAAGGGAGAAGGGGGCCAGCCAGGGUAUCGGGCGCUUCGCCUGCACGGAGUCUGGAUGGAAACCACAAGAGGAGGUGGAAAGUGAUGACGAGUAUCUGGCCCUGCCCUCUCGGCUGACGCAGGUGUCUAGCUUGGUUUCGUAUCUGGGUUGCAUUCCCACCUUGGUGCCCCUGCCCACUGAUGCUGCCGAAGGGCAGAGAUCCCUGGACGUGUCAGACAGUGAUGGGCCAGCUUCCCUCCCGUCGGACUCCAGCCAAAGCCAGCUUCCCUCUGGGGCUGCCCUCAGAGGGUCCCGAAGCCCUGAGGACCACAACCACUGUUUGCUGCGCUCCUUCGUCCGUGCAAGGGGCUCAGCGGGAGAGGGCGGUCUGGUGAGCAGCCAGGCCCUGGGGGUCUCCUCUGGACCGCUGAGAACACGCGCCUCCUUGCCGGCGAUGUUGGACCAGCGGGCAUUCUCGGAUCCAGAUGCCGAAGGGCAGCCUCCCAGGAGAGGAGGAGAGCAGGGAAAAGAGUCGCUCGUGCAGUGUGUGAAGGCAUUUUGCUGUCAGCUGGAAGAGCUGAUCCGCUGGCUGUAUAAUGUAGCAGACGCUGCUGACCACCUGACUGCAUCCAGGUCCAGCCUUACAGGCCUCAAGUCUUCUCUGCAGCUUUACCGGCAAUUUAAGAAAGAUAUAGAUGACCACCAGUCCCUGACGGAGAGCGUCAUACAGAAAGGGGAGAUUCUACUUCAGUGCCUGUUGGAUAAUACCCCAGUGUUAAAGGACAUCCUCGGGAGGAUCUCCAGGCAGCCCAGCGAGCUGGAGAGCCAUGCGGAUCACCUGUAUGACACUAUCUUAGCCUCUCUGGACACACUGGCUGGCUGCACCCUCAUCCCCGACAACACGCCAAUGGCACACAGGAGCGCCAGUGUGAAGGGGAUUAGCCUGGCAUCUUCUCAGGAAGAGAUGUAAUCUGUUAGCCAAAAUCUGGCUAUUGGGAAACUUUCCGAACUCCUUGUAAGAGCCAUUCAAUACUGAAAUCAAGGGGGAAACUUUCAUGUACUAGCUUUAAAAUGCCUUUCUCUUCGCUUAAGUAAGGGCUGUUGAGUUACUAUUUUUAUUUAAAAUGAAUCCUUCCAAAUUAAGGUUUUCCUUUGGUGCCUCUCUACAAAGAGCACGUAGCUUUGCGGUUGUUGAUAAAAUAAUGCAAAUAAGGCUUACAGGUCUUUCCUCUCCUCUGUCCAGUUAAAAAGAGGAGAGAGCAUUCCUAACUAGUCCACCUGCUGAGAUCAUUUAAAGAAGGUAUGAGGAAGCAGGUACCCAAUACUUGGUAUUCUCAGGCAUACAAGAGGAUCCAAGAGACUGGUGGGCCAGGAACUUGGGUCUUUUCAUAAAAUGAAGCAUAGGCUUAUAAAUCCCUCUUUGAAGAUUGUAGAAGAGACUUUUAACUCUCCCAAUUAAUAGAAGGUUCUGAACAAAUAGAACCUCUGUCAAUUAUUUUGGGCUGUUAGGAUAUCUUUUAUCAUCCUAAGUGCUCAGGGCUCCAUCUGCCUGCCUAACAUCUUGAAGGAGAAUAUGUUAGGGACUUGGGGAACUGCCAUUGAGCUUCAGCCGGACUAUGGACUAAUUAUCCGCUUUAAGGAGGUGCCUUCCUCCAUUCCUGCUCUCCCUUGGAAGAGUAGUCCAAGGUCAGAGAAGGGCAUGGAUAGAUCACACAGCCUGGUUAACUACAGAAGCUAAGGCUGUCGAAAGUGAGGGGAAAAAGGUAAUUCUUCGUUGCUUUGGGAGUUGACAUGUAAGUAUCUUGUAGAGAAAAAAAAAAAAAUCUAUGGAUCAACCACUUAAAGCCAAUUCUAUGGCUUUUUAAAGCAAAAUGAUCGGCUAUUGCUGGUAACCACAGAUUCUGCAAAAAUAAAAAAGCACUUAAAAAAAAAUUUUAUUGGGCUGUGAAUGAACACGGAAGGAGGAAAGCACUUUCCCCGUUUACUUUUAGUAUUACCGUGGGCUAAGACUUGAGGAAAGGUUCUUCACACUUAAAGAUCUUUUUUUCAAACUCCAGAUUCUCAUUUGAGGAGGGUGCUUAAGAAAGGAAGAUCUUUUAAGUUUAUAAAGAAAUGAACAAGUCACCUGAACCCAGAGAAGGUAACAUUAGAAGUUAUUCUCAUAAAGCAGACUUCUGAUAGCCCCUCAGAAUAAAACAUUUAAUACAAAAUUAGCCUCUUUAAGAGAAGUUGUGGACUUUAGUUUUGGGGGCUGAGCCACAUAAUCUUAACACCAUCUCGUCCACCUCGGUGUAAACUAAAAUCCUAUGAACCUGACUUUUCUGCUUCAAAAUUUCUCAGACUUUAUGCUGGAAAAUGAGCUGUAAGUUCUAAUAUUUAAAGAUUAACUAUGAAGUAAAACUAUAUAUAAUUCAACAGUAGCUAUAUAAAAUGCAGUGUUUCAAGUGCCUCUGUUACGCUGGUAUGAUUUAUCAUAAUGCUUAAGGGCAUGAUCAGAACUAAACUGUGUAUUAUGAUGCUGCCAUCUCUAUUUUAAUCUUGGUUCCACACAUAGUGAGAUUUAAAAAGACAGAACACCUUCCUAGCAGAUCAUUAAUAUAUGUAAAAUAUUCUUAAAAGCCUAGAAUUGGUUAAAAAGGCCUAUCUAAUGGCCUCUGUUCUUAAACUGAUAUAUUUCACCUUCUCUCUGUGGUUAUAAAUUGGUACAUGCCUUUCCAAUGAGUGUGUUACAGGAUAGCCCUUGGGAGUUAAACCCAUUUAUUUACUAACAUUUGAUUGGCAUGAAAGUAAGUCUUACUAGUAAGCGAAAAAAUUGAAGAUGACAACCCUAUAGAAACUAACUGGCUGAUGGUAUUUUAUAGCAGUUGAAUGCUGAACAUGCCAUUCUACCAUUCAACCUAAUAAUUAUAAUCAGCUUCAGCUGACAGGAAUUUUCACAGACUAUUUUAUUUCGGAGUACCCUGUUUCCCAACAAAGUACUGCUUUUAUCUAGAGAUGAUCUAAGAUACUUUUGUUCACCUCCUUUGAAAUAAGGUGUGACUGAAGGGUGCCUACUCUGGACCUAGUUGUGAAUGCCACUGAAGAGUAUCAACACAACUGGUUAUGAUGUCUUCGGCAGUGCUGUAAGAAGUUUAAGACCCCCCUUACAACUCAAGCUGAAAUUGUUUCUGACUAGGAAGACGCUGCCAGCAGCAUUCCGUGAGCAAAUACGGCCAGGUUAGAUUCAAGUGGCCUGGCUGGCCAGUGCACUGUGGUACAUAUUACCUUAAGGACAGCAGUGGCUUACAGUGACAUAUCAUGUAGUUCCAAAAUCCCAAGUUUACCUGUAUUAUAAUUUCCUAGUAGUCCCCUUAAAUUAGUAGAACUUAAGUCCACAGGGAAGUGGCAGUACUAGGAGCUGGAUUGGCAGUUUCAAAACCUGGGUUCUUGUUGAAGCUCCAUGGCUAAGCUCAUCUGCAAAUAGGAGACAGUGUCAAUACAGGGCUGUUUUGAAGCUUAAAUGGGAACAUAAAGAAGGGCCGAUGUAAAAUAUGCUGCAGUGGCGACAUACAUGCCAAAGGAAAUUUUGGUCCAAGAUCAAAGAACAGGAAGUUACUGCUCAUACCAGAAUGGCUAUCAUCAUUCUGUAAGGAUUCCCAGAGACUGUGACUGCUUAGGUUUAGAACACUCUUCACUUCUGUAAGCUAAUUCAUGGCAGCCACUUAUAUUUAAAAUAUGGCAAGCAAUAAUUCCCUUUACUGAGUUGAACGGAUUAUUAAAAGCCCAUAAUAGCUUGAAAUAUUUGUACUUGAAAAUGGGGGUAGGAAUGGGAAUUCCCCCCCCCCCCUGAAACUGCAUUUAUUGGCAAAUUCAAAAUAGCAAGUAGUGAAGCAUGCUGAAACAUCCUGCAGUAAGCCCCAGUCUGGACUGCCAUGGGGGAAAAAGAACGCUAGAAUUUUCCAAACUAAAUAAGUAUGUAAAUGUGCUUACAUCUCAAAUUCAUGUAAUGCUUUUGGCUAACUCACCAAGAAUAAGCUGACACUUUGAACAACUUGCUGUAUAAAACUGAACUUGCUGUAUAAAACAUCACACUUCUAACAUUUGUAUCAUCUACUUUAAAACACAGUUUCUGAAUUCUUUCCCCCCGUAUACUGUAUUGAUAAGGCAAAAAAACAAACCUUCUGAAGCAUUAAAAAAAAAUCUUCACCCAAAUACUACUGGUAACUUGAGGAAUUUUUCAGUUGCCUUAUGUGAGGAUGAAUAGAUCCAACAAGCACAUCUAUAAUACAAAGUAAACUGUGAUUUUAUUGUGAAAUUCUCAUAGAUGGAAAAUUAAAUUGAAUAUUUAUUCUGUCCAUUUCAUUUUACAAUAAUCUUACCACUUAUUUUUGUACCGUGUAUUUCAAUUGCCUGUUUAGUGAAAAUAAAGAAACCUAUAAUUUU